UUUUUUGUUCUCUCAUUGCAGCAACAAAAAUUCCUAAAAAGACCAGCAGACGACGUCGAUUCCGCCUCCGACUCGUACGAACCACCGGUCAAGCUCCAGCACAACGGUUCCGAGAAUUUGACCAAAUUUUCGGUGGAAAUCGUUCAACAACUCGAGUUUACGACGUCGGCAGCCAACUCCCAACCGCAGCAAAUCAGUACGAACGUAACGGUCAAAGCCUUGACCAAUGCGUCCGUCAAAAGCGAGGGUCCCAGUCCAUCCCAGCAGCAACAGCAGCAGAACCAGCAGGGACCUGGUCCGGGAGGAAAUGGAGGCGGAGGAGGUAACGGUGGUCCAUCCGGGGGCAACAAUGGAGGCAAUCCAGCGCCAUCCCCACACCUGCACGACCUUGGCCACAUUGUGGACUUCAAGCAGGAACCGGAGAACGAGUUCGCCGAUCUGUCGGCAGCGCUGGAGAAGGAUGCCGCAGCUAACGGGCACUUCCCUGGACUGUCCGAUUUCAUUGGUGACGACACCAAUGACGGCAGCGACACCUUCAAAGAUCUCAUCUCAGACCUGUCCGACUUCCAUUCCGACUUUCUGGACUUUGAGGAGAAACCACCGACUCAGCAGCCACCCCCUCAGCCUCAUCCCUCGCAGCAGCAGCAGCAGCAACAACAGCAGCAGCAUCCAAACCCGCACCAGCACCAUCAGCAGCAGCCUCCUCCACAGAUGCAGAUGCACGCCCAACAGCAGCAGCAGAUCGAGGUGAAGCAAGAAACCUGCAUAAAACAAGAGCAUCCAAGUCCAGGAAUGCUAGACAAUAUGGGCAUCAAACGGGGCAGUCCUGCAAAUCAGCAAUUCCCUAAUGCAUUCAACGACGGUACUCUUGGUCCAAAACGUGGACCAUACGGCAAUCCCCAGAAUGGUCCAAUGUCUGAACUAUCCCCUGCCGCUCAAACACUCAAACACAUGGCCGAGCAGCAUCAGCACAAAAGCGCCAUGGGAAUGGGAUUUCCGCGAGGUCCACAACCGAACCCGCAACGACCACCGUACUCAGAAUUCAAUCAGUUUGCCAACCAGGACUUUAUGAACAACCCAGCCGCUGGUCCCGGUGGUGGCAAUCCCGUGGGCAACCAAUUCCACAAAGGUUCUGUUCCUCCGUUUCCGGGAGCAGACCUCAUCAAGCAGGAACUCUACUCCCCGCAGAGCGAAUUUGAUCUCAAACCCCAGCUGGGUCGAAUGCCACCGCAGAUGGGAGGACCUGGUCCGAAAAUGGGCCCCGGACCGGGCGGCUUCAACAAGCCAAACCAGCAGCAACAAUACUCGCCAUAUGGAUCGCCAGCCGGAGGCGGAACCGUCGGUGGUGCUGGCGCUGGUGCCGGAAUGCCAAACCAUGGCAGUCCGCACGGUCCGGGUUACAUACCGCCACGUGGACCGGGACCGGGACCGGGAGGUGCUGGCGGAAACGGUCCGGCCGGUGGCGGAAAUGGUCCGACUGGAACGGGCACGGGUGGUGCCGGAGGCAACGGACCCGGAGCGAACGGGCCGGGCAAUAAUGGCGUUCCGCCGCGGGGUGGUGGCGGUCCGAUGCCAGGGGCACCCAAUGCAACCAUGCUACAGAUGAAGCAAACGCAGCAGCUGCACAUCAGCCAGCAGGGACCGGGAGGACACGGAAUACAGGUUUCCGCCGGCCAGCAUCUGCACCUGAGUGGCGAUCUCAAGAGCGGCGUCUCGGUUGCAGCACAGCAAGGUGUAUUCUUCAGCCAACAGCAGCAACAGCACGCGCAGCAGCAAUCGAAUCAGCAGCAGCAACAAUCUCAGCAGAACGCACAGCAGCAGCAGGGCCCCGGUGGUCCACCGCAGUCACAACAGCAACCACCGAACGGUGGUGGCCCCAACGGUCCCCAACAGCAGCAGCAGCAACCUUCCAAUCAAAAUAAUCCGAACGGUGUCGGAGGAAACCCCAACAAUCCAAAUGGACCCAAUCAAAACAACUCGCAGCAACAACCAAAUCAAGCACCUCCAAACUCACAAGGUUCAACGCUGGAGUCCCAGUAUACCGUGUCCCAAUCGCAGACGAUCAACUUCACCCAGCAGGCACUGCGGCAGCGACAGCAGCAGCAACAGCAGCAACAAGGUAAUGUCCCCGGAGGUCUGGCGAAUCAGGGUCAGCCAGGUGGACAGCAACAAACCGGCCCCAACGGCCCCGGGGUUCCCAACCCGCAAAGCCAACAACAGCAGCAGCAAGGCCCGCAACCGGGCAUACCGAAUUCCGGCAUUUCCUCCGGUGGGAUGCCCCACGGAGGUCCCAUGGGUGGCGGAGGCGGUCCGAUGGGACAGAAUCCGAAUGCUCCACUCGGAAUGGGCGGUAUGGGAAUGGGCCCGAAUGGAGGUCUGAGCGGACUGAGUUCGAUGGUUUCCAACUCGAUGGGUCCCGGACAGAUGAUGCACAGCAGUAUGGGACCGGGAGGUCCGGCAAGUGCGAUGGGAAUGCGCUACAUGCAACAGCAGCAGAUGAUUCGGGCGCAAGCGAUGCAGCAGCAAAUGGCCGUUGGAGGCCGGCCUCCACCACCGGAUUACAAGGCGACGCAGCAGGGAGGCAAUCCGAAUGCGGCAAUGUUGGCCGCACAGCAGCAACAAAUACUGCAUGCUUCCAGUGGCAGAUUUCCGGCGAUGCGGAGAAUUACUCAACAGCCGAUUCCACCUUCGGGUCCGAUGAUGAGGGUACAGCAUGCGACCUAUUUGCCGCACGGUCACGGAGGUCCACGCGGUCUCGGUGGAUUUGGACCGGGAGCUGGAGGAGGAGGUGGACCAGUUGGCAUGGGAGGAGCCGGUGGAGUUCAGAGACCUCCCAACGUGCAGGUUGGCCCGGAAGGUAUGCCGAUGGGUUCCCAACAAGCCGAAUGGAGGCACAUGAUUAUGUCGCAGCAGCAGAGUAUGAGCUUUGCCGGAAGUGGUGGCAAUAUGCGAGGAGGUUUUGGAGGCGGUCCAGGAGGUGCGGGAAACCCACUGGUCAUGGCGAACGGAGGACCCGGGGGCCGAAUGGAUCCCACGGCUGGCCCAGGUGGUCCCGGAGGUGGCAUGACUCAGUUACAAAUGCAGCAGCAAGCAUUGAUGCGUCAACAGCAGCAGCAACAGCAAAGUCUGAGCAUGUAUCAGGCGCAAAGUCAAAUGGGUGGCGCCGGUGGGGGUAUGAGCCAAAAUCCGAUGCAACAGAUGAACAUGUUGCAGCAGCAGAGCAUGAUGAGCCAGAUGCAGAUGAGCCAAAUUCACAUGAGCCAGUCGCAGUCGAUGGCCAUUCAACAGCAGCAGCAGGCAAACCAGCAACAAUCUGUGAUGAAUUCCUUCAACAAUCCGGGUAUCGGUCCUGGCGGUGGACCAGGACCCGGUGGCGGGGGUAACGCUAGCGGAAGCGGUAGCAACGGUAACAACAAUAGCAACAACGGUAAUAGCAAUCCGAACAAUAGCAACAGCGGCCAGAAUAACGGAGGUCCCAAUGGACCGAACAAUAACAACAACAACGCCGGCAACAACUCAUCUGUCAUGCCAAACACGGACUUCAGCCUGGAAUUCCUCGAAAACCUACCGGUGGGCGAUCCGAGCCAGUUCAACGCUCAGGAUCUACUCAGCUCGCUGGACAAUGACAAUUUUAACAUUCAGGACAUCCUGUAGAUGGGGAAAGUUCCCUUCAAUUUGCAUUUAGUGCCGUUUUUGAGAAGAAAAAAAAAUGAAACGCCUGUAAGGCUCGUUUCCAAUGCCUCACACUCUUGGUGCGUUGUGAAGCCAAGCUUUUACACAAGACAAGCACGGAAAACUGCGGCAGAGAAAAAAGUGGUUAUUUAUUAAAAGAAAAUGAAUCAAAACAGCACAAAGCAACAUAUAUAAUAGGUGGCCCCGCUUCGGUGGAUUAACCGUGGAAUCCGUACCGUGGAGUGGCCACAGUUCUGUAAAUAGCAAAUUAUUUUCUGUGCUGUUAGUAGGUACAUUUACUGCUUUCGUUGAAGCCUCUAGCGGUUAGUUUUCUCUUUUACCAAUAGAUAUAUUAUUAUUACAAAAAGCAGAAUACCCUCUAGUGUCUAAGGGCAACACUUUUUUCGUUGUACGUUACUAUUAAUUUAUUACAGAAAAAAAAGAAAACAAUCGAAAAUCAUGAAAAAAUAUACCCCCUAAGAAAAGAAGAAGCGUUGUCGAACUGAAACAGUGAAACUCUCUAACUGCUAGGUGUCGUUAUGUGUAUAAGUAUAGUAGCGCAAGAACAAACCAAUCCGCAUCGGGCAACAUUCCUUACUUUUUAUUUUUUAUUUUUUUUUUUGCACACAGUUCGGUUUAAUUGACGGCACGCCAUUACAAAUGUGAAUAUCCUGUGAAACGAUUUGUACCUUUUGUUGUGCAGAAACAAACAAACAAACAAAAAAUGCCAUUCAUUAUUUUUGAUGUCUUUCAAGAAGCGACAAAGCAAAAGCUGAUUAUUUUAUUUAUCGUAUUUUUUUCCGUUCUUUCUUUGGGUUCAUGCUUUCAAAUCUCAGUUGUCACUGUGAUAUUGAUAGGAUCACAACAGAGAGCGAGAGAGAGAGUCGUGCAAUGCUUACGGUCGUCGGUCUGAAGGGCGUCCCGCCCCAUUGACCCAGCACGGUACAACGCCCCGUGGCAAACAAUUCUAAAGAGGACGAAUGUCGUCGCGAAGCUAGCAGAAAUUUUUCGACUGUAGCAAAAAAGAUAGAGAAAAAAAUCAUGUAUACAACAAAACUAUAAAGUGAAAUGUUUAAUUUUAUAAACUAAUGGAACGAAAUUAUUAUACCUAGGUAAAUAGACGGGAGAGUAGUGAGUGAGCAGUCCGGCAGUUGUGUCGCUCUUUAGGGAGCAAGUUAGGAAAAAGAAACUCAAUCUAAUCAAAUCUAAAUCUGAAACAAACUGCGUAACGUUAAAUCAAACUAAUAAAAAAUAUGAUGCUAUAGGUACAUAUUCUGUAAAGAGUAAAACUAAAACUAAACACACUACAAUGAAAGCUGACAGGAGAAAGGUGGUUGUUUUGAACGAGCAUUUUCAAGGCUUCCAGGCUUUUAUGCAAAUUUGUAAGCUACGGGACUUCAGCUACAAAACGUAAUACGUAGAAAGCCCAAUUCGCAGCAACAAUUAGUCGUUCUAUUUUUCGACUUACAUUGUUGUCACAUGUCACGA